UACUUUUAGAGCACAGAGCAAGUCUAUUAUUAUUUUGUGGGAAAGAAGAGAGCGAGAGAGAGGGCUAUCAUGACAUAGAUAAAUUCAACCACCAUAUUUUCCUUUGAGCAAAGUUUCUGCAGGAAGAACAGAGAGAUAGAGAGUAACUGAGCUACAACUACUGAUGAGGUACAUGUGGUAGGUGGUGGGUGUAGAAAGAGGAUAUCACUUGUUUUGUGCACUGUUCACUCACUCUAAGAAAGCUCAAACUUGUAAUUGUACCAAAAGAUAGUUGGAGAGUGGGAGUGGAAUCUACCACCAACACCAAACAAUGGAUUCAUAUGAAGCAACAAAGAUUGUUUUCCAAAGGAUUCAAAACUUAGAUCCUGAAAAUGCCUCUAAAAUCAUGGGAUUUCUUCUGAUUCAAGAUCAUGGUGAGAAAGAAAUGAUUCGCUUAGCUUUUGGCCCUGAAGCUCUGGUUCACUCAGUGAUUCUCAAAGCCAGAAAAGAACUGGGUUUAUCUUCAAACACACCUUCCUCGCCGUCGACGCCUUCUUCUCCGGCGCCUUUCAACAAUCCUCAGCUUUCUCUCUCCAGACAGAGCUCUUUUUCAGGCUCUUCUCGGCUUCUUGGUGGUAUAAAUAUAAAUCUUCCCUCUCCUCUUAGCAUACCAAACCAGUCUUCAUCUUCUCCAUCUUCUUGGGCCUCAAGCUUUUCUGAUUUUCAAAACCCAGAAGUUCUUGCGAGUCCUAGUUCAAAUUCAAAUCCAUAUGGCGGUGCUUCAAGUAAUGGAAUCAGUAAUUUAACAACUGGGUCAUCGUCUUCAACCAUGAACUCAUCUGCUCCUCCUUUUUAUGGCCGUGGAGAGGCAGACCUGAUUGAUGAAUUUCAGCUCCAAGAUCAGUUCUCUUUCCUCAACGAUGGGCCAAAAAACUCUGAUUUGUACUACCCACCACCGGAUUUAGCACCCAGCCCCAACGCAAGCGGCGGCGAUGGUAUGAACUUCCCUUAUGCUAACUGGGUUGGCUCCACCAACGGCCUCCCCCACAGGCGGAGCUGUUCGGUGAGUGACGUCUGUGCAGAUGACCCAGCUGGUGGGUUUGGGUGGAAACCUUGCUUGUAUUUUGCUAGAGGGUACUGUAAAAAUGGCAGUAGUUGCAGGUUUGUUCAUGGCGGCCUCGCUGAGGCCGCCAUGGUUGGUGCAGAUGGUGCGGCCAUGGCUGGUUCACCCAGCAAGUUUGAAACUGUGGAGCAGUGCCAAGAGCUUCUCAGAUCUAAAUCAGCCCACCAACAAAGAUUAGCUUCAGUUUCUCAGCUCAUGGGCUCUUCAAAUUUUCCAAAUUACUGUUCUGUGGUAGCCAACAAACGAAUUAAUUUUCUUCUCCAACAACAACAAUUACAGGCUGAUCAUAGCCCAAGGGCAAUGAUGAUGGGUGAAGAUGUCAACAAAUUUGGACGGUCCAGGCUUGAAAGAAACGAUUUCUCCAUUAAUGGCGGUCUGGGAAUGGUGAACAACCCGGGUUCAAGGCAGAUUUACUUGACAUUUCCAGCUGAUAGUACUUUCAGAGAAGAAGAUGUAUCCAAUUACUUCAGUAUUUUUGGGCCAGUUCAAGAUGUGAGGAUUCCAUAUCAACAGAAGAGAAUGUUUGGGUUUGUUACAUUUGUGUAUCCAGAGACUGUGAAGCUCAUUCUUGCCAAAGGGAACCCUCAUUUUGUGUGUGAUGCGAGGGUGCUUGUCAAGCCUUACAAGGAGAAAGGCAAAGUCCCAGACAAGUUCAGGAAGCAACAGCAGCAACAAGUGGAGAGUUGUGGUAGCCCUACUGGUUUAGAUGCAAGAGACCCUUAUGAUCUUCAGCUGGGAGCUGGGAUGUUUUACAACACUCAGGACAUGUUAUGGAGGAGGAAGUUAGAGGAACAAGCUGAUUUGCAACAAGCCAUUGAGAUUCAAAGUCGGAGAUUGAUGGGUCUGCAACUUCUUGAUGUGAAGAGGAACUCCCAUCAGCGUACCCUCUCUACCGGCGCUGCAAUUCCUUCUCCCAUGAACACCCCCAACGUUUUCAAUGAAACUAUCUUCAGUACUCCUUCAGAUCACAGCAGCCCAGAAGUAAUUGAAGAGAAUGGUGGUUCAAGUCUGGCAAUGGCGAUUGCUGCAACUGUUACAGCUGAUCAGCACUUGCAUCAAAAUGUGAUUGAGAAAGAGAGAGACUUGUCAACUCUCAGGGACGAAAGUGGCAAUGGCAAAGAAAGCUCUCGUAAGCAAGAAAGUGAUUUACCUGAAAGCUUGGAGCACAACCUUCCUGAUAGCCCCUUUGCAUCUCCUAAAGCUGCUGGAGAUUACAUGACAGGCUUCUCAAAUGCUGCUGGUGAGGCUGAAAAGAAUGCCGCUUUUUCUCCACCUUCUGCUGCUAACAAUAACUUGAUCACUUCAUCCUUACUUCCUGCUACUUCAACAUUGGACAUGGCUUCCUUGAAAUCAUGUUACUUCCAAGCUCCCAGGUUUUCUUCUGGUCAUGGAGCCAUUGAAAUGUAGGGUGCUCAUACCCGGUUUGGCUUUAGCUUCCUUAGGUUAGGAAGAAGAUUGAUAAGUGUGACCAAUAACAAAAACCCAUAUAGCAGAGAUCUGUAGAGAAGUCACCACCAGACAUCAUCACCAUUCUCAAUCAUAAAUACUAUACUACUACAAUACAAAUGCAUACACAAAAGGCAGUGAAGCAAGUGGGUCAGCCAUUUUCUCUCUCCAUUUCCUAUCUCUUUCAUAUCAGUAAUUGAAGUUGGACCACAGGUAAAGAAAUAGUCACAAUAGUCAAAGAAUCGAUGUAUGACAGUGAAAUUCCGGGACUCUGUAAUUUUCAUCCCUUUUUCUCACCAUGAAUGGCUUUCCCAGUUUGUAUCCAGCAGGAAAUAUAGUUUGUUAGUCUGUAUUACUUUUUAGGAAAUACAGUUGAUGUAUAGCAGAAGAAGCAGAUCACAGAAAGAUGAAGAAGUGGAAAAAAGAUGUGAUAUCAUAUGUAACUACAAGACUGAUUUGGUACUCAAAAAGGGAAGUGUGAGAUCUUUAAAGUAUUUCAGAGAGAAAGGAAGGUAAAUAGUCAGAUCAGUUCAGUAGUUUAGUUACAAUAGAAAUGGUAGAUUUUCUGUCUAAAUUACCUUGCUGUUGCUCUUACUGUAUUUGUUUUGCGGGUCGAACUAAGAUAUCGAAAAGGGUUCGACUAUGGUUCCCAUUACCUCCUCUUUUCAAUAUUCAAUAUAUAAAAAAUUGUGAUACGUGUAAAGUUGUUUUAUUCUAUAAUUUUAGUUCGCCAAAUAAAAAUAACUAUAUAU